UCAUUUGCAGGGAUUAGAUACUAGAAACCUGCAUAAUGAGAAGAUGUCGGAUGAUGAUGAUGAUGAUGAUGAUAUUCCUAGUGCACCUCCAUUUAUUGGUUCUACUACUAAAAUUUCGGAGGAGCUUCCUUCUGGAAUAAAGCCGCAGAUGAGUGCAAAUGGAAAGGUGCCUCAUCAACCUGUUAGAACUGCUAGUGUUGUGGGAAGUGGUAGUGAUGCACACGCAGGAUCGGUUCCAGCUCGAUUGCCUACGUUUCAUGCCAGUUCUCAAGGGACAUGGCUUGCUGUGAUUGCUUACGAUGCAUGUGUUCGCUUAUGCCUUAAUGCCUGGGCAAAACAAUGCAUGGAAGCUCCAAUGUUCUUGGAAAGUGAAUGUGGAUUGUUGCGAAACGCAUUUGGGUUGCAGCAAGUAUUAUUGCAAUCAGAGGAGGAAUUGAUGGUUAAGCGCUCUUCUACCUUGACUAAUGAGGGAGCUGCCCCUAAGCCUCGGAAAAUGGUUGGGAAGAUGAAGGUGCAAGUACGUAAGGUCAAAAUGGCGAUGGAUCCACCGACAGGGUGCACAUUCUCGUCCCUCAGCUCGAAAAAGAUAAAAUUGGAUAGUAUUCGGUAUAAGCUAUCUAGUGUAGGAUUAAGACUUUCCUCUGGUUGGCGGGCAGUUAGGAGAAUACAUUUUUCUCCCAGGGUGCCUCCAAAAGGGUCCUUUUCUCUACAGACCAAGGCUUACGUGAAGGCUAGUGCUAAGUAUGUAAAACAGGUCUCGGGGCUUCUGAAAGUUGGUGUGACAACUUUGCGUAACAAUUCAUCUUCUUACGAAGCUGUGCAAGAAAACACAUACUCUUGUUUCAUGCGGUUGAAAAGUUCAAGUGAAGAAGAUGUUAUUCGGCUGCAUCCUGGAUCGGGUGAAACUCAUGUAUUUCUCCCAGAUAGCUUAGGAGAUGAUCUCAUUGUUGAGGUUCAUGAUUCAAAGGGAAAGAUAAUUGGCCGAGCGCUUGCCCAAAUAGCUUCUGUUGCCGAAGAUCCAGGCGACAAGCUUCGUUGGUGGUCCAUCUAUCAAGAACCGGAGCAUGAGCUUGUUGGAAAAUUGCAGCUGUAUGUUAAUUAUUCUACGACUUUGGAUGAGAACAAUCUAAAGUGUGGCUCUGUUGCAGAAACAGUUGCAUAUGAUCUAGUAUUAGAAGUAGCCAUGAAGGUUCAGCAGUUUCAACAACGGAAUUUGUUGCUGCACGGGCCAUGGAAGUGGUUACUAAGCGAGUUCUCAACUUAUUACGGAGUUUCUGAUGCAUACACGAGAUUAAGGUACCUAUCUUAUAUAAUGGAUGUAGCCACUCCAACCGCAGACUGUUUGACACUGGUACACGAUCUUUUACUUCCCGUCAUUAUGAAAGGAGACACUAAAAGAACACUGAGCCACCAGGAGAACCGAAUAUUAGGAGAUGUUGAAGAACAAAUCAACCAUAUUCUCUCUAUGGUUUUCGAGAAUUACAAAUCUUUAGAUGAGACGGCACCAUCUGGAAUGAUGGACGUUUUCAGGCCUGCAACUGGCAUUCCUGCACCUGCUCUCGAGCCUGCUGUUAAGCUCUUCACUCUUCUGCAUGAUAUUUUGUCGCCUGAAUCGCAGACAAAGUUAUACGGCUAUUUUCAGGCUGCUGCUAAGAAGAGAGCAAGAAGGCAUCUGACUGAGACAGAUGAAUAUGUCACCAGCAACAUUAAUGAAACUGUUUUGAUGGAUCCCAUUACCUUUUCUACCGCAUAUCAGAAAAUGAGAUCCCUUUGUUUUAACAUCAGAAAUGAAUGUUAUACCGAUAUAGAAAUUCACAAUCAGCAUGUUCUCCCUAGCUUUAUAGACCUUCCAAAUCUGUCAUCAGCAAUAUAUAGUGUAGAACUCUGCAAUAGAUUGCGUGAAUUCCUCAUUGCUUGCCCUCCGGCAGGUCCAUCACCUCAUGUAGCAGAACUCGUGAUCGCAACUGCAGAUUUUCAGAGGGAUCUUAGUAGCUGGAGAAUUAGUCCUGUAAAAGGUGGAGUUGAUGCUAAAGAAUUAUUCCAUCUGUAUAUUAUGCUUUGGAUUCAAGAUAAGCGUAUUGCUCUACUCGAGUCAUGCAAACUAGACAAGGUUAAAUGGUCGGGAGUUAGAACACAGCAUUCGACGACGCCUUUUGCUGACGAUAUGUAUGACCGCUUGAAGGAAACUCUGAAUGAUUAUGAAGUUAUAAUUUGUCGUUGGCCAGAGUACACUUUUGUUCUGGAGAAUGCCGUUGCUGAUAUAGAGAAGGCAACUGUGGAGGCUCUGGAGAAACAAUAUGCAGAUGUGCUGCUGCCAUUAAAGGAAAACAUGGCUCCAAAGAAAUUUGGUCUUAAAUAUGUACAGAAGUUAACAAAAAGAUCGUCAUGCCCUUACGUUGUCCCUGACGAGCUUGGGAUUCUCUUAAAUUCCAUGAAGAGAAUUUUAGAUGCUUUGCGGCCCAAGAUAGAACAGCAAUUCAAGUCAUGGGGCUCUUGCAUUCCCGAUGGAGGAAACACAGCCCCGGGAGAGCGUCUAAGUGAAGUUACUGUGAUGAUUCGAACCAAGUUCAGAAACUAUAUCCAAUCUGUGGUGGAGAAACUAGUGGAAAACACAAAGCUGCAGAAUGCUACAAAGUUAAAGAAGAUACUGCAAGAUUCAAAAGAGAGUGUGAUUGAAUCUGAUAUUAGAAACAGGAUACAACCGCUAAAAGACCAAUUGACUAACACGAUAACCCAUCUGCAAGGGAUCCUUGCAACGCAGGUUUUCAUUUUCGUCUGUCGAGGAUAUUGGGAUAAGAUGGGGCAGGAAAUUCUUACCUUCUUGGAGAACAGAAAAGAGAACAAGUCAUGGUAUAAAGGCUCAACCAUUGCAGUCUCUAUUUUGGAUGAUACAUUUGGAUCACAGAUGCAACAGCUGCUGGGGAAUUCGCUUCGAGAGAAGGAUGUGGAACCUCCAAAAACGAUAAUGGAAGUUCGGUCAAUGCUUUGUAAAGAUGCACCGAGCCACAAGAGUAACUCUUACUAUUACUAAGAUUUUAAUUCUCUAUUUAUUUAUUUAUUUGAUUUGUAGAUAGAUAGGCAGAUAGAUAAUCAUCUAUACAGGAGGAGCAAAAAGAACUUGGUUAGUAUUAGUAAUAUGAGGGAGUUAUUUUGUUUAUGCUUUUUUUUUCUACGUGAGGUGAUUUUGACUGCUGAGAAAAUCCCCCUAAAUCCUUGCACCUUAUAUUUUGUAUUAUUAAUCAAAUCAUAUUAUUCUUUUUUUAAUGUUUUAAAUCAGAUGUUAUGAUGA